UACAAACUUUAUGGUCGUCAGUCUAUUGAACAUGGCCGAAAACAAUGGCAAUGGUUAUCGAGUUUAACUUUAUGUUAUAUUCGCACCGCAGUUGUCACCAAGAAUUUCGUCUCUAGAUUCUAUUCGGUGGAUGAAAUAAAUUUGAAGACGUUAUAAGAGAUAAUUCAAAUCACAUUAUGCGCCGUAUCUACCUUAGAAAAAAAAAUAUGUGCAGGAUGCAAAAUUGAAGACUGCAAGUUGCAGCUACUCGGUCUAUUUAGGGCAAAUAGUAUUAUGGCAACUGCUAUUCAAAAGAAUGGCAUGAAACACCUGACGAAUGGAUCAUUAAACCAUGUCGAUAAUGUUAAUAAUAUCGACAGGUCAGGCAUACAUCCGGAUAGCAAGGAUGAUGUGCUCACGGAAGAGUCGCAACAGCCUAAGAUAGAGGGGGAAAUGGAAGCCCCUGAGAUAGACAUAGUGAUAAAUAACGUUGUAUGUAGUUUCAGUGUUAGAUGUCAUUUAAAUUUAAGAGAAAUAGCUCUCAAUGGAUCAAACGUUGAGUACCGAAGAGAAAAUGGGAUGAUAACAAUGAAACUUCGUCGGCCCUAUACGACAGCUUCGAUAUGGUCGUCGGGUAAAGUAACGUGUACAGGAGCAACGAGCGAAGUUCAGGCUAAAAUUGCAGCCAGACGUUUUGCUCGCUCUCUUCAAAAACUGGGUUUCAAAGUGCGUUUCAACAAUUUCCGAGUUGUAAAUGUUCUUGGAACAUGCUGCAUGCCGUUUGCCAUCAAAAUAACUUCAUUCUCCGUCCGUCACAAGGAGAACGCCGACUACGAGCCUGAGCUGCACCCGGGUGUGACUUAUAAACUAAAGGAGCCCAAAGCUACAUUGAAGAUAUUUUCAACGGGUAGUGUAACAGUUACAGCCCCUAGUGUAGCUGCGGUCCAAGCUGCGAUCGAGCAUAUAUUUCCACUAGUCUACGAUUUUCGUAAGGAAAGAACAGCAGAGGAUCUCUUAGCUCUUCAAAUGAAGAAGCGAGGUUUAGGGGCAAGUGACAAAAAAGUGGGAAUUAGCGGUAACUGUCGAGACGAUAGCCUCAUACGGGAGGUGUCCGACACCGUUAUGGAUGAAGACAUUCUGCCUUCUGAGGACGAAGGUGAAAGCGACGCCAGUUGGGACUGAUCUGUUCAUUUGUAAAUUAGGGUAUUCUGCUAUACCCGAUUUUGGAUCAAAAAAGUGCUUCAUUGUUUUUUAUCAGUGACAUAAAAAAUUAAAACAAACAACAAAGGUUUAAUGAUAAUGAAAAAAAAGUUAUACCUGGAUUACACGACAAGUACGAUUACGGGGACCGAAUAACAGAUGUUCACAGUUCUCAUUGUCGCAAUCUUCGUUAUCCAGAACAUUUUUUUUCUACUAAAAAAUUGACAAAACGAUGGUGUUAACAUCACACAUUAUAGGUGAUUUCAUAGCAAUCUGUGUUUGCGAAGAUGAAUGCUUCACGCAGAACAAAAUUUUAAUAACAGACAAGAGUUUAUCUGGAAACAAUUCGCUCACGUACCUGAGUUGAUCGGUUGGAUAAAUGCAUAAUUAAAAUUAAAGAAACAAAAAACACCAAAAUCAAACUUUAAAGACUUACUCCGUGUACAGAGUCGUAUAAUUAUAAAUAACUAAAACCAGAAUCAAAUCCUCGUGAGUUACCUCUUCUCUGGUAAACUAAAAGAAAUAAUUUUACAAUUAUUUGUUACGCGUGACAAAAAAAUAUAAAAAACAAAACGAAAUGUGCAAAUUUUCUCUAAACAAAGGGAAACAGUAACAAAGUUCAAGAUUUUUUUAUCAUAGUUCAUUCCUUAUGCUCGGCGCUUUACUCUUUUUCCGUCAUUCAUCUCGAAAAACACAAGCAAAAAGCAGGGGAUACAAAAAUUAAGUAAAGUAACAACUAAUUAUGUAUACCGUGCCAAAGAUAUAACCACAAAAGCAAAGAGAGAAUUCGAAGCAUAGAUUGAAUUGAACAUUCUCAACCAAAAAAAAAAAAAAAACAACUUGUCAAAGCUAGACUAUUUUGUUCGUUGCAAUGAAAAUUAAAAUGAGAAAAAAACGAAGAAAAAACUAUAAACGAAAAGUUCUUCAUUACGCGUGUAUAUCUAUGCAAACCUAUACAUGUGUAUAAAUUUCUAUACAUGCAUUGUCUUUUUCAUUUUUGUUUUCGUUUUCAUACGGUUCUUUUCUUGUUUCUUUUUUCCUGUGUUUUUCAACUUAUUCUUACGACCCAUUUACUAUAUGAUUAUGAUCCUUAUUGUUAACUUUAUCAAUAUCAGUGGUAAAAAAAGUCACCGAAACCUGACUGACAGUGAUUAAACAUUGGGAGUAGAAAUUAUUUUAUUUAUUAGGCUUUUCUCUUAAAUCAAAUUUUGUUUAUGGAAGAAUUCGCGCUCACUUUUCAUCUGAUUAUCUUCAUACUCGUGUGAGUAUUUUUGCUAGUGUGUACUAUAAAUGAGUUUGAAAAAAAAAAACUAUUAAAUAAAUUAAGAAUUCAUCGAGAUCAAUAGAGAUGAGUCAUACGAAUAAAAGAUGAACACCUAAUUAGAUACAUUGUACACAUAGUUAGAUAGAUAUGAUAUUUAUUUCUCUAACAUUAUACUUAUUAAUAUUCAAAAACAAAUUUAUGUUACAACGAUAACGCUGACGACGACUUUAGACGACGAAUGAAGGAAUGAUAAACCAUGGCGUCUAUGAAAUAGAAUGAUUGCAUCAAUAUAGCAACUUCAAAUAAAGUACGUCGGGCUGACUCAAUUGUUCAAACGUAAUUAUCGCUAUUACUAUCAACAAUUAUGAAUUUUUCUCGUGUAUAGCGUGGUAAAAAAAAAACUAUCAAUGAUUGACAAAAGCUGAAAGGUUGUGUAUGUGCGGAUGGAGAAGAUAGUUGAAGAGAAAAUGCUCGAAUAUGAAUCAAAAGAGACAAUAUAGGAUAUACACGUCACGUGUAUUUUUAAUUUUUCUUAGUUUUGUUGUUUGGCUUUACUUUCUUAGCUGAGAUUUGCUAAUUGUAGUCUGUUGUAUAUGUAAAAAAACAUUUCUUAGCUUCUUUCUUCUUUUUUUCUUCUCAUUUUGAGUGUAUUUAAUUCAAUUAUGCUAUUAAUCGAAACUUCUCAUUAUACGUAGGAGGAUCAGAUGAGUGAAUAGCGGUUGAUACGUAAAAAAAAAAAAAAAAAAAAACUAUUACAUUGUAACUCGAAAAUAGAAAAAAAUAAAAUAAUAAAUGAACCGGACUGACACUGUUUAAUGAUACUUGUAACGAAAA